AAAUUCAUCCUUGGUGGGAGAUUGAUAUUUGGACCAGAUGCUAGGUCACUGCCUGCUACCUUGCUGCUGAUCAUUGUUCCAGUUGCUUUGUUCUGUGUAUUUGUGGCAAGACAUCUUCGCCAUGAGUUUUCUUCCUACAAUGCAGGUUAUGCUAUCUUGGUGGUAGCAAUUCUCUUCACUAUUUAUGUAUUGAUCCUCCUCUCCUUCACAUCUGCACGAGAUCCUGGUAUAGUUCCACGAAAUUUGCACCCACCAGAGGAAGAACUACGCUAUGAGACAACAAUAUCAGCUGAUGGAAGACAAACACCAAGUGUUCAAAUUCCUAGGACCAAAGAAGUCAUGGUUAAUGGUGUUUCUGUUAGAGUGAAAUACUGUGAUACAUGUAUGCUUUACAGGCCUCCUCGUUGCUCUCAUUGUUCCAUCUGCAACAACUGUGUUGAGCACUUUGAUCAUCAUUGCCCGUGGGUGGGCCAAUAUAUUGGACAGAGAAACUAUAGGUAUUACUUUAUGUUUGUUUCUUCGUCAACACUUCCCUGCAUCUAUGUGUCCUCGAUGUCGGCUUUCUACAUCAAGAUUCUGAUGGAUAAUCAACACGGAACUGUGUGGAGGGCAAUGAAGGCUUCACCUUGGUCAGUUGCUCUGAUGAUAUAUUGCUUUAUUGCCCUGUGCUUUGUUGGAGGGCUCACAGCGUUUCACUUGUACCUCAUAAGUACAAACAUGUUUUGCAGACAACCCUAUGAGAGUUUCAAGGCAUGGAAGCUGGGGAAGAAGAAGUGGGAGCUGAGUUGAUCUUACGUUGUUUUAAAAUUGUUUCAAAGACUUAGGGGAGAGGGUCUCUAUAAGGACAGAAGUUGGUAGAUAUGACUUGGUAUUGGGGAUUUGCGAAAUCAGUUUAUGUAAUCUUUAAGUCUUUAAGUAUAUACAAUACGAAGAUUAGUAGUAGUAGUUCUCCAUCUUUUCGUUUUCUUUAAUAUGUAUAUUGUGCAAUUUUGUUGAUAUUAGAUGAAAUUUGUAAUUGUCAAAGACCAGUUUAAACAGGGGUAAGAAAAUGGUAAGCAUG